AACACCCGUGACCGGCCCGGAAUCGAUCAGUCCCUCGUGACUCACAUUUCGUUCUCCAAACUUCGUGACUCAUAGGAAAACGAAUAAUUGGCUCUCAAACUCCUCUUAGUAGCCGUCGCCGUCGCCGUCGCAGCCAUUUCCAUUUGCACAAGAAGCUAUCCGAUUUAGAGUGAAUCUUUCUUUGCAUCAAUCAUGGAUGCCAUUGAGCUGCUAAAUCGUUUACCCUAUGUUUCACUACAAGAUGUGGAGAAGUUUUUCCAUUCCCGUGAAACUCCCAGCAAGAUCGAUUGCAUUGUGUAUGCCAUUAAGCUUCUAACAAAGUAUCCCUAUGCUACAUCAAAAGAUGUGAAGCAGUUUUUCCUCAGUAGUCACACUCUAACGACUAUUGAUAGGGUUAUUCCUUAUGUCAGUAAGGCACGAGAAACCGAAAAAAUUAAAGGCAGAGAGCAUGUUGAAGCUGGGCCUUUACUUCAUCUGCAUUUGGUACAUAUACAACCAAAAGAAGCACUAAAAAACAGACCACUCAUUGUAUUUGGUACAAUUCGUGUUAAGUAUCGAAAUAUCAGGAGUGGAGAACUGAUGCAGCUUGAUAUUUACAAUCGGAGUGCCGAUGAUGGCGACCGCAUAAGCCCAAGUGGUGGUAAUUUAACUCUUGAUUGGCCUGAUACUUUCUGUAAUCAUCAAGAUUUGUGGAUGAGAUUGCACGGAACAACUAUAGGAGUGUAUCUCUAUCUCAAAAUUGGGGAUAAGGUUGUUCCGUUUACUCGUGAGGAAAUUUUGGUGGGGGAUGCAACCAAAGGUGAUUUUGAAGAAGUAAGAUCAAGGGCAUUUCAUGGCACAAUUUGCUCAGCUACCUUGAUUUAUAUCGCCAUGCCAUUUGCUGCUCUUUGCCGAGUGCAUGUUGGAUUCACUAGCAAAGACCAGGGCCGAGUUGUUAAUGUUGCUGGAAAAAUUGUUGCGCGAUAUAAGGGCACUUAUGGCAACUAUAAUUCAGAAGCGUGUGUUCUUUUUGAGAAACAGAAUGACUUUGAACCAGUGCAAAUGAAGAAUAACCUGAGUAUGUCGAGAACAUGGCUGGGGUUGCCAGCAUAUUCGUCACUUGAAAUUGAUCUGGACUUGAGGGACUUCAACACAAACAGAGAGCUUGUUAGAAAAAGAGUUGAAUUGUUUGACUGGAAUGGUGCAUAUGCAGGUAAAUAUGCAAAGGUGGUGGAUGAUCUUGCCAUUAUUGUUGAUGCAGGAUUGUUUCCAUACCCACAUGAUGGGCGCAAUGGGUGUUGUUUGGACAAAGACGAGUCUAAUAAUGAAUCAUCAUCUUCCAACAAUGGCAACCCUUGGUUUCAUGAUCAAUGUCAAGAAAGUAUACCGAAACCAUCAAGAUUAGCAGAAUUCUACUCAAUCUUUAUUGGUUGUAAAAGUUUGACGGCAUUGAAUAUUAUGGGGACAGUGGAAUUCUCUUCUGAUGGUAAUACUCAGUACCUCUUCAAGAGUACUGGUGAUGAUGACCCCACAGAAGUAGAAGAUGCACAGAAAGUUUUGCCGUUGCUCGAUGUGUGUGGCAGUUUUCACGAGAGUAGGACACUUGAAUUGAAGGUCAAUCUAGAAGAUCAUUGUGGGAAAUUUCAGAAUAGAGGGUUUGCUGCUUAUAAUCUUGGAUUCGAUAACCAAAAUCCGUCAUAUAACACCCAAAUAUGUUCUGUUUUCCCGGGCAAAGAUGGGUUUUGCGCAUUGCAUUACUCCGUGUUCUCAAGAGCUUGUAAAGCAAACAUUGAGAUCUUCUUCAGGAUCAAGAGUGAUCAUUCCAGGGUUGGCAUGAUCUAUGGCAGCGCAAUUGCGCAAUAUAGCAACUUUGACUACUCAACAAAGUUCAAGAGAGAUUAUUUCCGGAGCGUGCUGUUCAAGAGGACUGAUAAGGAUUCAGUACAAUUAGGAAGGGGUGGGAGAGUGCCACUUUCUCGAUGUGCAGUUGUGGUGCCAAUGGAUUCGUCCCUCAUUAUUGAAGUAGAUUUUUGUGGCAUAUAUCUGAAAGAUCAUCUAUCAUGCACAGAAAAGUUUAAGAUUGGGCAUUGCUGCUUUAAAACAGAAACAAAUGAUUAUGAACUCAGCAUCAGGUUGACUUGGAGUGAUGGAAUGCAUGAUGGGUGGAGAGGUUUAGACAAAGACAAGGAUUGCAGGAUGGGUGGAGUGAUUCGGACACAGAGAAGCCUCAAGCGAAAACAACAUGAUCAGCACAGUGGGGGGAGUGAUUUAGAUGAAGAUGAGGAGUAUUUUGGGAGUGAUUUUGGGUCAAUCCCUACACCUAUGGACAUGUCGCCGUAAGCAUUUUAUUAACCAUUUGCAGCUUGCUAUGAUUAAUUGAUCGAAAGAAGUUAAAAAAACAAUGCCUUGUUUGAUUAAUAUGACAUUUACAUUAUGUAUUUAUGGCGCUCUUUGAGUGUUGUCCUCUUUUAUCCAAACAUUUGUUGUUUCCACUAGUAUUAACUACUCCAUGUUCAUUUUUGUCACUUUUCAAGGCGUUUUAAUUCUAUUGCGCAUGUUUUAGCUAAGAA